AUGAGUCAUACGCCACCAACGGCGCCAAGCGCCAAAAUUCUUUACGACGAGGGCGACACCCAUGGUGGAUUAACGUUUUUAAUGUUCUUGCUUGGAUUCUCACUUGGGGCAUUCCUUCACGCUGGAUUGUAUCCGGAUGGAGGAUCACCUUUGAUUGAGCUGCCAGCAUUUUUGAUGUCGGGAAAUGAUGAAGAGUUAGAUCAAAACUCGACGAUAGUAGAGGAGAUGUUGUUGGUAAAUGAAAACGACAAGAACAAUUCAACUGACGAGCCGGCGAAUUGCGGCGAUCAUCGCUUCGACUCAUUCCGACUACCGAAAUCCAUCAAACCCAUCAAUUAUGAUCUCACCCUUCAACCAAAUUUGACAACCAAUGUCGUUGAUGCGAACGUCAAAAUUAAAUUGGAGGUUGUCGAGGAAACUGAAUUCAUCAUAUUACACGCCGAAUACUUGAAAAUUAAAAAGUAUUCAAUCAUCAAGGAUCACACGAAUUUAUCCGCGGAAUUUCUUCCGUGCAGCUUUGUGACUCAAUGGUCGUGGAAAUUGAACGAAAAACUCAAAAUCAACGACGUUUUGCUUUUAUCGAUUGAUUAUCAAUUCAAAAUGAGAUCCGAUCUUCAAGGACUUUACGUAAGCACUCAUGUGGAUGCCGACGGUGUGAAAACUAAAUCUGCGGCAACUCAAUUUGAGCCGACGUUUGCUCGAAAAAUGCUUCCAUGUUUCGACGAGCCCAACUUUAAAGCAACAUUCGAAGUCGCAAUCAUACGAGAGCCGCAUCACGUUGCUCGUAGUAAUAUGCCUUUACAAAUCUCGAAAGAAUACAAUGAGGACGGAUUGAUGAAGGAUGUGUUCGAGAAGAGCGUCAAAAUGUCGACCUACCUUCUGGCGAUCGCCGUUCUCGACAAAUACGAUAAUGUGAAACGAUACACAAGGAAUACACAGAAGCCGAUUGAAGUGAGGCUGUACGCGCCGGAAGACGUGAUCAACGGACAAUACGAAUUCGGAUUGGAUACGACGAUUCGAGCUCUUGAAUUCUUCGAAUCAUACUUUAAUAUUAGCUACCCUUUGGAGAAAAUAGAUUUGCUUGCUCUCGAUGAUUUUAGCGAAGGAGCAAUGGAGAAUUGGGGUCUUGUCACAUUUAGGGAUUCGGCGUUGUUAUUCGAUGAAAACAAAGCGAGUGUGGUCGCCAAAGAAAGCAUUGCGUUGAUAAUUUGCCACGAAAUCGCGCAUCAGUGGUUCGGCAAUUUGGUUACAAUGGAUUGGUGGAACGAGGUAUUUUUGAAUGAAGGAUUCGCAAAUUACAUGGAAUAUUUAUGUGUCGACGAAUUGUUCCCUGAUUGGAAUAUUAUGACGCGAUUUUAUGCCGAAAACGUGGCAAUCAGUCAGGAUCUCGAUGGAUAUUUGAGCUCUCGAGCAAUUGAUUCGACAGGCGACAACAAUUUGAUGAAUCUUUUCGAUGCAAUCAACUAUCACAAAGCGGCUGCUAUUAUUCACAUGAUCGCUGAUAUGGCGGGAUUCAAAAAUUUCCAAAAAGCACUCGUUGAGUAUCUUAAUAAGUAUGCUUAUGACAAUACGAAAGGAGAAGAAUUGUGGCGGAUCGUUGAGAAGCAUUCGAAUAAUCCUGUCGCAAUUCCAUCGGUUGCAACUUCUUAUAUCGCACAGGUCGGAUAUCCACUGAUCCAUUUGGAAGUCACCAAUGAGUCAAGAAUUAUUAUUCACAACCAGACGAGAUUCCUAUUCAUUGAAGGUGAACCUGUUUUAGCGAAUCGCGUACCGCAGUCGUGGCCAAUUCCGAUACGAUAUCGAACGAAGGAUGAUGAUGAAUCAAAGUUGCAUUGGAUGCGAGCAGAUGAAGAAUCUGCUGCUUGGGAUAUUCCGAACGGUGAUGAUUGGCUUAUUGCGAAUACUGGCGGUGUCGGAUAUUUCAAAGUCAAAUACGACAAAUCGAUGUAUAGGAAGUUAACUAAUCAAUUGAAAACAAAUCAUACGAUGAUUAGUCCAAUCGAUCGAACCAUGCUCAUUAAUGAUGCUUAUGAUUUGAGUAGAACAUCACUUCUUGAAAUUGAAACUUAUAUGGAUCUCAUUGAAUAUGCUAAAGUCGAAACCGAAAAAAUGGCGUGGUCGAUUAUAUUAAAAAAUCUGCGGACAAUUGAAUCUCUAAUUGAGGAGACAGAUCAUGUCCAUUUAUUCCGAGAUUUCGAACGAGCGUUGAUAUUGAAGGCUUAUGAAUCUUUUGAAUGGGAUGAGAAAUCAACGACGCCGAACACGAAAGGACUUCAAAUCGAAAUUACGAAUAACGCGUGUCGACUGCGAAUUAAGCAUUGCUCAAAACAGGCAUAUUUGAGAUACCAAAAAUGGGCCAAUGAGGGAACGCGUUUUCCUAAUCAACAGGGUGUAAUUCUAGCAGAAGGAAUCCGACAAGGUGGUGAUUCUGCUUGGGAGAAGAUAUGGUCUGCAUAUGCUGAAGCGACAAGUCCUUCCGAUAGAAUUCAUAUAAUAACCGCAUUGGCGGCAACGAAAGACGCAUCAUUAAUUAAUAGACUCCUGAAAUAUUGCAUAGACGGAAAAAUCAAGCAGAACUUGAUCCCGCGCGUCUUCUCCUGUUUGUCGGCGACAAAUCCCGGACGAACGACAGCUUGGAGGUUCUUCAAGCUCAAUUAUGAUAAAUUCAGAAAGAUAUUUGGAAACGGCUCACCAUUGCUUGUUGCUUGCAUUAGAUGUCUUUCCGAGAAUCUGUCGACAACAGAGGAUCUCGAGGAGCUCAAAUCGUUUUUGAAAGAAAAGAGGGUCGAUUCGGAUUUGAUGAAAACCGAUUUGGCAUUCGAGGAAAUCGUGUUGAACAUUCAAUGGAGAAGCUUAAAUGAGAAGAAGCUCGGCAAAUGGCUCAAAAAUUGGGAUGAUAGGCAUAGGACAUUGAGUCGUAGAUGA